CACCCUUUCACGCUUGCUAGAGGGGAGCGAAUCCAUUACACACCCAGGUAGUCAACCCUUUUUUGCAUGACCAGUGAACCCGACAAACAUCAUGAACGACGAAAACAAGAGGGGAAAACCACUGGACACGGUGGAAGCGUUGAAAGACUUUCCGGAAAAUAAGGUACCGGUCAGAGCGCCCUUUCGCCCAACAGACCGAGCCAAGUUGCCCAUGCCUGAUGUCGAAUACCAAUACUACAUGGAUCACCCGUACAUGAAACGCCUGAUGGCCGCUAUCGAGAUUAAUAAGUUCAACCGGUUCCAAAUGUUGCUGCUCUGCUGGCGGGACUUGCCCAACCACUCGCUACCCCACGGCCCGCCCGAAUAUCCCAUGGCGACCGUCGAGCCGUGUCUAUACCGUGCCAUCGAGUACAACAGCCGGGAAAUCGUCGCGCUUCUCCUCGACCAGGGCGUCAAGAUGUGUGACCUAGUUGUGGACGAGGCCGUGGAGCACGGGUGUCCGACGGCAAUGCUGGCCGCAUGUCUUGACAGCAACAGGCAACUUGCUAAAGUGACGCGAAUGAAUGCCGGCGAGAGAUCGAUACCAUGGGAUAGAGGAGAAUGUAGUUCUGCGCGUGAGCAUCCGACUUACAAACUACUAGAUCAGCAGCUGGAUUAUAUACGCAGGUACGCCCCGUACCCAGAUCAGCCAGAUCAGUAUGUUGCUCCUUUUCUGGAGCAUGGUAUAAACACAAAGGGUGACGAGGUUCUCUGGUCGUUAUACCUCAUUUUUGAGGAUGAGGUUGAUAGGCAGGAGGUGAUACCGUGGUACUACAAGCACAACCGGAAUCCCAGCGCUCAAGCUGUCGUAGAGCUGCUUUACAAGGUUAAUUACGGUAAUGACGGUAACGUCGGCGUUGACCGUUUUCUCCUCGCUCAAGAUCGACGGUACUGGAUAUGGGCGGCCUCGGUAUGUCGCUAUCUCCUCGAAUACGAUAUUGGGCUCAGGGGUGGCAGCACGAAGCCGCCUUUAUGGUAUAAACACAUGGACUGGAGACUUAUAGCGAUAGAAUUGGCGCAGGCUCGGCAGCGGAGGAUGGGGUCCGUAGCCAACGCGGAAGUGCAUACUGAGACGCUUCGGUGGGUUGCCAGGUCAAGAGAGAUGCGCCCCUCUAUGUACGUUAAAUUCGGGCACCCGGACGGAAGACCACCGCGUCCCUGGCCUACAGGAAAUAACGAUCAGCAAUUGUCCUCGUCGCGACUGAAUAACGGAGGUCAGACGCAGGCGGCUACUGAUAACGAUUGGGUUUGAUUGAGUAGCCAGAUUUUGGAAUUGGAAAAGUCUGCUUUGUGCUCUGAGUUCUGAUAAAUUACCACAGGAAAGGGCGAAUGGUGUGUAUUUGAUAUCUUCAAUUACGGAGCCAGGUUCGGAAAGUUCCAGCACUUCGUAAUUGUUAAUAUGUAAUCAGCUCAACCUCACGCGCUCUCUAUAUUGGACACUCGCUGCGCUAGAGUGAACCUUUGAUGGCUUGGCCCUUGCCAGCUUCAACUAUCCAUAGGCUAAGCUCACAAUUGUUGGAUUUUCCUUAGGCACCAACUAAGUGGUGAAGGGACCUUGGGCAUAAUACAAGAACUUCCAUGGAUCUAGAACGGAGCUCGCAUUGUGUAGCUGACAUUGCCUGUCACAAUUGAUAUGUAGUCCUACAUGUCCAGUCAAGUCUCCU